AUGUUAAUAAGAUUAUAUUGAGGGUUACCUUGUUUUUUAUUUUUAAUAGGCAUUUUUGUUUUUGUUUCUAAUCGAAAACAUUUAUUAUCAAUGCUUUUGAGAUUGGAAUAUAUUGUGUUGAAUUUAUUUUUUCUUUUGUUUAUCUAUUUGAAUUUGAUAGAUUAUAGAAGAUUUUUUAGUAUAAUAUUUUUAACUUUUAGAGUUUGUGAAGGUGCUUUGGGGCUUUCUAUUUUGGUUUCUAUAAUUCGUACACAUGGAAAUGAUUAUUUUCAAUCGUUUAAUGUUUUGCAAUGUUAA